AUGAUCUCCCCGCAGAGUCAAGUCUAUGAAAGGCAACGAGUACAUGCUCCGAAUUCUCUGAGGACAUCACGAACCGCUUCCCCUAUCGCUCCAUCUGCCCCCCUUUUCGAACCUUCUACAUCGCAGGAAGAAGCAUUACCUCAUGCUGGUCUGUCCCUCCUGUUAGAACGAUUUGAGACUGCAAAGACUACUAUCGCUGGCACUGAUGCUACUCAUCUGAAUGCUCGAGAAGUUCCCCUGGGUCGUGCAAUUUUAAAGUCAAGCCGUCCAGCUCACGGUCGUCAAACAUACCCCGAUCGACAUUUGUGGGGCGAGAUCAUCACUGAUCCUAAGUUGCUCCGAGGGAAGAAGUAUCGGCGUGAAGCUGAAAUAUCUGGUGAUUCCUCAACACGAAUUGAUGUGAAUGAAUUGCAUAAAGUACAAAAUGAGCUUUUGGAUAAUAAUCAAAAGCUAUUGCCACCGCUAUUCAGCAGUGGUGGUUCCACGCAAAAGAAAUCAUCAGGUCAACCAUUCCCUGAAGGUAAGCUAAAACAUCACAGAAAGGAUACCACAACGAAGUCAUCAAGCUCAACCCCAAAAUCUACAUCUGAUCAUGUUCAGCGGGAAGCAUUUCGAUCACCCUUUGAGGUGAAUGACAAAGUCUCGUCAAAGGCAAAUUUAGAGGUAUAUGACCGAGAAACAUCACCAAUUUUCCGCCACUUCCAAUUUAGCAAUUAUACAUCUGAGGAGGGUCGAUUCGUGAGCAGCUGGUCGAAUAAUAAACCUGAUAAAAGAACUGUGAGAAUAUCAAGAAUAUCAGGUCCGAUUGAUAUUACUGAAUCCUCACAGCCGCUAAUUGUGGCUCCUACAACACUGCCGUUCAAAGUAGAUGACCCAAAUUGUGCAGUGAAGGCACUGUCACAUUCUGCGGUUCACACCGUGGCGUUAGACAUGCCCACAAAUGCAUUGGAAAACCUCACAAUUCUGCCGGAAGAUCCACUAUUCCUGUCAAAUGCGAUCAAUAAUGUCACUCAAAAUAGCGAUGAUAAUGCCCCAUCAGAAAUACCUCGGCGAAAAAAAGCUUCAAAUGUUCAAGGUAAUGGACCUACCUCAAGAAUGCAGCGUUCUCGAUCGCGGAGUCGAGAACGUCGGCGUUCUUCUAAUGGAAGCGAACUUCGGCUUAACCAUAGGCGUAACCUGAUAUACUCACGCCCUGUUCGCCGACGAAGCACGAGCUCUGUACGUUCACAGCGAAGAAAGCAAGCUUUAUCAGAAACACGUCGCAAGAAGAAUCUGAAACCUACAUCUCGGUCUCGCUCAGAACCUUUUUUACCUCAUUAUGAUGAAAUUCCCCUUGGUCAAGUCCCGCCCUAUUGUGAAAACCUCAAUAAAGCUGUUGAUUUGAUCCUGUUCGACCCCAGGUAUGCCUAUCCUGUACUUCGCUUUAAUCGAAAAUUGAUCAACAGCACGGGAGAAUUACUGGUAACCAUCACGAAGCUCCUGGAUAUGCAUCUUCUCCCUGGUGACAUUGAUAUCCACGAAAUACGACGUGUUGACGACAGAAAAUUCAAUGAUAUCUUGCCAGAGCUAUUAAUUAGCCCGAGUCAUCGCCGUCGUCGUCGCCAUCGUCGUCAUCGCCAUCGUCAUCGCCAUCAUCCCCGUGAAGAGCCAUCAGCCGGAAGUCCAGAAAUCGAGGGUUUGUCUGGCAAUACUCAGGCUCUGAGGCCCCUUAGAGACCGUUGA